UGCGCACCUGUUUUUCCUAAUUGAAACUGAAAGUAGACAAAAUCAUGGCAUCAACAUGGUAUUCAAAGGUCGUUAAGUUAUUUACACUAAGUGACAAACAGCUUGUUCAACUUUCCUUGGGAAUAUCUGCUGCUGGAGCAAUGAUGGUCAUGGGGAUGUAUGGAUAUCAGAAAUAUCAUAACAAGAAUACAGAGUACACUCUGGAGUCGAUGCGCAUGCUGCAAGGUUACCCUAACCUGAACGACGUUCUAGGCGUUCCAGUGAAAUUGAGAGGCUUUCAAGCUAGUAACCCCUUCCACAGGCGCACAGACAAACAAAUCAGGAUCUAUCUGCCAGUGCAAGGUGCCGUGAAGCCAGCCUCGGUCUACAGUUGGUGUUCCCUGCACGACAACACAGAUACUGGCAAACAACAAUGGCGGGUGGACCGACUCGAUCUGCAGACCGAUGUGGAAGGUAGCCUUCAACAGUGGACUAUAUUCCAGCACCCCGAAUGCAGGGAAGACCCAGACUUGGUGUUCCAGAGAGCUGAACUCAGUGAAAAGCAGGAAAUGAACUCGAUUAUUUCAUCAACCCCAGUACUUGACUCGAGUUCGAAAUCAGCAUUUGACAAACCAAAGUUGAACCCAAAAAGUUGAUGAGUGAUAGAUUGAUGUGAAUAAUUUUCAUUACCGUACUAAAUCAUGUCUUUAAUAAGGCGCAUGUUUGUACUACACAAAUUUUAAUUCAAUAAGUUGGUUCGUGUUUUACAUGGACAGUGUACACAACCAAUUGUGUAAUAGUAGUAUGGCGACCGAUUUGACAUUUUACUUUACUAGAAAAUUAUUUUUUCUAUUUUGGCAUUUUUGAAAUCCGAUGGGCAUUAUAAGGUAA